AUGCGAAUAACCUUGUCUGCGCACUCUCAAACCCCUGUAGAAUCCAUCGUCACGAAGCCGGAGGCUGCCGAGACCAAGCCUGGAGAGUCUGUUCUCGCCAGUGCGAAGCCUGAGGCCUCUGCGAACGGAGGUCAGCAAAAGGAGGAGGCAGAGGCGAAAAUAAAGGACGAAGCGCCAGGCAAGACUGCUCUGGAGGAGGAGGACACGGCAGCACCAGAGAAGACUGUUUCGCCGGCCAUCUUUCGUCCGAGUCGGGAGAAGACGGUGAAACAGCUCAUCAGUUUCUACUAUUACUGGAAACGGAAGAGCAACUCCCUGAUGCCCUCGGCUUCCGCCUUCACGCAUCACCAUAAUUCUCAUCAUCAUCAACAGCAACAUCAUCAGACGAACACAUCCUCCUUUCGGGGUAGUUGUGUGGAAACCAACUUCAAUACGGGCAUUGGUAGCCGGAAGAAGAGGCCCACUGGACGUGGAGGCGUGCCCUGUAAGUCCCCCCCCGUCUUUUCGGUAUUCUCGCCUCUGUGUGUAUCCACCGAGGUCUGA